CUUACAUGGUAUCUGUCGACCAUUGAUCCUUUCUCCACUUCCGCUGCCUCAUCUCCCUAGCCGCCGGUCAUGAACAGCCCUCAUGGAUCCCACUCCUCCAACCCCUUUGCUGGGUCCGACGAGCCUGUCCCACCCUCGGCCAGCACACUCGUUCUCCUCAACAUUCACAACCAUGUCCCAGUGACUCUUUCCACUGCUGAUGACAACUUCCGUCAAUGGCGAUCUUUCAUCGAACUUACUAUCAAGAAGUUCGGGCUGCUGAAUCACAUCGACGCCACGGUGGACGCCGCCGCCAUGUUCGAUGAUCCCGAGUGGCUCCAGCCUCCAGAUCGAUGCUUGCAUCGUGUCGUGGCUCUACUCCACGGUGUCCAAGGAGAUCUGGAAUGACGUCUACCGGCCGAACAACACCGCCCUCGCCGCCUGGACAGCCAUCACCGGGCAAUUCCUCGACAACAGUCUUCAACAGGCGGUAUACCUUCAGCAGGAGUUUCAUAGCCUGUUCCAAGGCGAUCUGUCCGUUGGCGAGUACUGCGGCCGUCUCAAGCGGCUCGCCGACUCGCUCUACGACUGUGGCGCCGCCGUCUCCGACCAGGCGCUCGUCAUCAACACGCUGCGCGGACUGAACAACAAAUUCAGUCAAGCCAUCGCCGUGCUCUCCACCAUGACGCCGCCGCCCUCGUUCCUCUACACCAAGUCCUACUUGCUGCAGGAGGAGACCCGCAUCAAGCACUCCCAUCAGAUGGAGGCGCAGACGGCUCUCCUCGCCGCCGGGAGCGCCGCUGGGCAACCCGUCUCCUCCAAUGCCGGCACCAAGUCUACACCGGCUCCUCCAACGCUCCCACCUGCCCCUGCCGUGCAAUCCGGUAGUGGUGGUGACCGCCGUAAAAAGCGGAAGGCGGACAACCGCAAUCGUCAGGGUGCAUCUUCGACUCCUGCCGCCUCCGCUGCUCCACCUCCGCCGCAGUGGACGUCGCCGUACAACCCGUGGCAGGGCGUGGUCCAGGCUUGGCCGCUCAACUCGUGGCGUCCUGGCGUUCUUGCGCCUCGUCCAAUUGCUGCUCCCCCGUCCGCCAUGGCGGCCCUUGCCGCACAGCAAGACCCGGGCACCAUACCGCCGGGGCUCUACACGGCGCUCAACGGGAUGUCUCUGAACACUCCCAGCGGCGGCGGCAGCAGCGACUGGUUCCUCGACACAGGCGCUACCUCCCACAUGGCGUCGCACCCCGGAUCUACGAACCAAGAUGGCUAUCCUCCGAUGUGAUUCCUCUGGAGAACUCUACCCCCUGCGCACGUCUCCGGGCACAUCCUCUUCGACAUCGGUGCAAGCUCUUCUUUCUUCCACAGCUGCUGACCUCUGGCACGCCCGUCUCGGUCAUCCUGGCCGCGAUGCGCUCCAGCACCUGUCUCGCUCCAUUGGGUUUACUUGCACAAAGUCGAGUCCACACACAUGUCAUGCUUGUAAGAUUGGUAAGCACGUGCGGCUACCAUUUCAUGAGUCCAACAAUGUUGCAUCUUUCCCUUUCCAACUUUUGCAUUGUGAUGUAUGGACAUCGCCCAUAAUAAGUAAUUCAGGCUA